AUGAUCGCCAUCUCAGGGCUCUGUGUGUUUGUGUGCCUUCAGUGGAGGAGAGAGCAGGACUUUGAUUUGCAGCUUCUGGAGCAGGCCGUGCAGGGUGAAGAGAGACCAGUCGAGCACAAAGAGAGACAGCGCUCUCGGUCAGACGAAUGGCUCACCGUGAGCAGCACACCCAUGAGAGAACUAGAUCUGGAGCCUCUGGACUACCAGCUGGACCUCAGCAAAGAGGCCUCAGUCACUAUGUGCUUUUGCUUUAUGGAGAAAAGAUGCAUUUACUCUAAUGUACCUGUUUCUUGUGUGCAUAUAAGUGUCCAGAAUAUACCUCCUCCUGCAGCAGUAGACAAGCCGGUGCUGCCGGACAUAGACUCGGCUCUACAGGAGCAAGAGAGAAUCAUCACCAUGUCCUAUGCCUUAGCAUCAGAGGCCUCGCUCAAGAGCAAGCAAGUGGCAGCCUCACCGCCGGUUAACAGUCCCACCUCCCUCCCUCAACCUCCACCACCUCCUCCUCUUCCUCCCCCCACUCCUGUUGCCGUCUCUACGGCUCAGUCUGCUCCCCCUCCCCUGAGCAAUGGAUUUCACUACACCUUUGUCUAAUCAGAGAAAAACAAAGUAAGAACUAACUGCUAAUCGUUUAGCACGCAAAUGUGCUUUUGCUAAUUGUUCCCUGUGUGUUUUGGCACCUUUUCUGUCUGCAUGCUGCAUGAUUGUGCUUCAUCAGGGCUUGUGCUGUAGUAUUUAGUAACUUCGUGAGUAGUGUAGAUUGGCCCCCCUCUAACAACUGCCUCCACAUCUGGAGAUGGAGAGGUGUGUGAAUUGUGUGCAAAUUGGCUUUUUGUGAGCCGAUAAGCCUAAAAAGCCAUAAACAAAUGCUGUCUUUUGUGAAUUGUUUGUAAUUAACAAAGACUCAGGGCAUCGCUACGGCAGCACAUGCUGUUGUGUUGCCAAACACCACUUGCUUUGCCAUCUGUAAUCUGUAAAGAGCUUUAGUGUUUUGAUGUCUGUGACUCACUGAAAUAAACAGCAGAAUGACUGUCAGGGUUUUGUGGGGGGAAAAGGAAAAACAUGGCCCUUCGUCUUUGGAUACUUUAUAUAUGUGUGCAUCUCUCCAAAGCUAUUUUAGUGCAGUUCAUGAAAGAGCAUGACCUCCACCUGCAUUGUGUGUUCUGCUUCUCAGCAUGCCUCAAAUCAGUGAACUGCCAUGAUUUCCCAUUUGACACAUGCUAAUUAUGAGCUAUUAUAUGCAGUUUAUGAGGCACUGUCCACAAAUACAGUACACUUUUGGGUCCCAUUAGGUCUUAAAAGCACCAUUUUUUUUUGUUUGUUAUGAUUUUUAUAUUAUAAACUAUUAUCUAACAUGUAAAUAAACACAGCAUGAAAAG